AUGGCACCUCCAAAACCACCCCAACCUUCUCCUAAUGAAAUCAUUGAACAAGCUGUAUAUACAACAGCUAUGCGUUUGGAUUCUGCUAUGCUGGAAACCCAGCAACAGAUUGAUGAGAGAUUUCCCAUGGUUCACUCAGAUCUACAACAAACCCAGCAGAAUCUGGGUCAAAUCAGCACCCGGCUGGACAACGACCGACAGCUGUCAGAUACUCGCUACGAUUCCCUCAUGGCAGCGCUGAGCAAACUUCUUAAGGAGAAGCAAACAACCGCUGCUGCUGCUGUCAGUUCACCAGCUAGUUCUUCAGGUAUUUUUCAUCCCCCUCCAUCUAGUCCCUUUACUACAGCACCCAUUUCCCAUGUCAUCACCCCUACAAAUACCCCACAAAGAACUUCUGCCACAAUUAACUCUACCCCACAUCCCUCCACCCAAAUACCUCUACCUUUCACCACUUACCCAAUCCUUACUUCUGCAUUCACAGCCCCUCCACAUACCCAAACUUUUCCUCCCCCCCCCCAAAUACCUUACAACCCCAUACCCAAUUUAACUCCACUUCCACCCUUCCGUACCCCAAAACUAGAGUUAUCUAUGUUCGAUGGCUCCAACCCACUCGAAUGGCUUUUUCAGGCUGACCAACACUUUAAUUUUUACCAAUUACCUCCGGAAAACAGAUUGGGCAUGAUGUCUUUUUAUAUGAAAGGUGAGGCCUUAAGUUGGUUCAAAUGGAUGUACAAAAAUCAGGAAUUAACGGACUGGUUUGCUUUCACAAGGGCGUUAGAACUUCGUUUCGGUCCAUCCACUUACACUAAUCAUCAGGCAGAGCUAUUCAAAUUAAAACAAACCGGGUCAGUUGUGGAAUAUCAAGCUACCUUUGAAAAAUUGGGCAAUCAGGUUGUCGGUUUAUCUUCCGAAGCCAUUAUUAAUUGUUUUAUUUCUGGCUUACUGCCUGAUAUUCAGAAUGAGAUUGCUCUCCAUAAACCCACUUCCAUUUCCCAAGCAAUUGGCCUUGCCAAGCUGAUUGAAUCCAAACUUAGAGAAUCCAAACCAAAAAUUCAGAAAGCUUUCUCCACUACAUUUCCACGUCCUACAUCAAACCCAUCAACUUUAUUCCCUUCCCCAACAACCCCAAAACCUGUCCCACAAAACUCCCCACCCAAACUGCCUAUUAAACGUCUCUCUAGUGCUCAGAUUCAGGAACGUCGAGCCCAAGGGCUCUGCUUUAAUUGCGAUGACAAGUUUAUCCCAGGUCACCGCUGCUCAGCAGGAAAAUUUUUAUUAUUAUUGGUGGAUGACGAAGAUCCUGACUCCUCACCGCCAAUAGUAACCAUUGAUGAACAGAUUGUGGAUGCUGCUCAAAUUAAUAAUUCAGAUGAAACUUAUUUCCAAUUAUCACCUCAAGCUGCUAACGGACAUUUUUCACCUAAGACUUUGAAAUUUAAUGGUCUCAUCAACGGAUUGGCAGUAAUAGUAUUGAUAGACACGGGUAGUACGCAUAAUAUCCUACAGCCUAGGAUCGCCCAACAUUUGAAGUUGCCAACUAACCCAAUUCCUAAUUUUGCUGUCAUGGUUGGUAAUGGUUCUAAGUUACUUUGUUCAGGAUUAUGCCCAAAAGUACCGAUUACUCUCCAAAAUACCCUGUUCACUAUUCCUUUUCACCUUCUGCCCAUCGAAGGCGCGGAUGUCGUUCUUGGCAUGGAGUGGUUAAGAACCCUUGGUCCUCUCAUGGCUGAUUUCUCAAUUCCCAAAAUAUCUUUCACCUACCAAAAUCAUGACAUUACCAUAACCGGAGACCCAAAGAUACUUCCCACUCAUUCCACUUACAACCAAUUCUGCCAUCUUCUCCAUACAGACUCCAUUGCUUCCCUCCACCUGCUCUUAUACCAACCCCUCUCACCACCUCAAGACUCAAAUUCCACUUCCAGCAACCAAAACCCCCUUUCCACGCUACCUACCACAAUACCAACACAAAUUCGCAAUAUCCUACAGUCUUUUCCCUCAGUUUUUCAAACCCCUCGUGGUUUACCCCCACCAAGACAACACGACCACCAUAUUCCUCUCCUGCCUAACACUCCCCCAAUCAAUGUUAAACCCUAUAGAUACCCCCACUCUCAAAAAGAAGCUAUGACCACAAUAAUCAAUGAUAUGCUUAAGGAAGGAAUUAUCAAACCUAGCAAUAGCCCUUAUUCCUCACCGGUCCUACUUGUUAGAAAGAAAGACGGAUCCUGGCGUUUUUGUGUAGACUAUAGAGCCCUAAAUGCGGUAACAGUUCGCGACCGUUUCCCUAUCCCUACAAUAGAGGAACUCUUUGAUGAGUUGGGAUCUGCAACUAUUUUUUCUAAGAUCGAUCUUCGAUCUGGAUAUCACCAAAUCAGGGUUACUACAGAGGAUACUCACAAAACUGCAUUCAGGACAUUCGACGGACAUUAUGAGUUCUUAGUUAUGCCAUUUGGCCUAACUAACGCUCCUAGUUCGUUUCAAUCAGCGAUGAAUGAUUUGCUUCGCCCCUACUUAAGACGGUUUGUUUUAGUUUUUUUUGACGAUAUUCUGAUCUAUAGUACUUGCUUAUCUGAUCAUGUUUAUCACUUACAAUUAAUUCUAAAAUUACUUUGUUCUAAUCAGUUUUAUGCCAAGCUUUCCAAAUGUACUUUUGCUGUCCCUAAGGUGGAUUAUCUAGGUCAUAUUAUUUCUGGUGAUGGUGUAACCCCGGAUCCUACCAAGAUUCAAGCAAUGCUGGAUUGA